AACUCGCGUUAAAGUGCAUGAAUUAGUUUUUUAAAAAUGUUUUCGUGAAUUUAUGAACAAAUAUAACAAUAUAUAACAAAUCCAACUUUGUUUUCACACGGCAAAAAUCAGGAGUUUGGAUCAAACGCAAGAAGAACAACACAAUGAUAGUUGCAACGACAAUUUCCUUUGGAAAUCGAAAUUCAUUGUUGAUAUCUCUUCUUCUAAUUUCAUCUUCCCUUCACUUCUUCUGUAUCUCUCCACUCCUUGCCAAAUCUUCUCCUCACCCAAUCUCUGAUGUUCAAGUUAGGAGCAACAAGCUUCAAUGCUAUGCUGAUAUUGACAGUGGGUUGUGGGGUUGGCCAUGCAAAUCAUCGAUGAUAGCAAGGGAAAACUGUGCUCUGCGAUGCCUCUCGCCAUCUUGUUACGAGCUUAUCUACGAGAGUGACCCGCUUGAAGAAGGAGAAAAGGACUUCAUUCGGAGCCAAGAGUACAAAUACUGCAUGCAUAAGUUGUCCAUGGGAGAGACCCUCGAGGGUGUUAAGGGUGCGUUUGGCCAAUAAUCAAUGCAAAACUUGUGAAUUGACGACGAGGUUUUGGUGAAUAUAUAUGCUCUAAUUAAUUUCAUUUAGAUUAAAUUAAGGAUAAUCAAUCAUGUGUUCUUGGAAAUACAGUAGAAACUACCUUCAAGACGGAAAUGGUAAUAUACAAGUUGAUUUGCUCCUUA